UUAUACAACAUGGAUUGUUAUUUGGUUCAAGACGGAGUAAUAUCUUCUGCUGAUGACAACGGUAAUGAUUCAACCUUAAUGAAAAAGUGUUAAUGUGGCCUUUGACACAGGAGACUGGAAUGUAUUUGGAAAUGAUUGUAAAAGAGAUGCACAACUGAAGUCAGGGACACUUUUCACUAGAAUAUUAAAGAGGCAGACUAAAUUAACCAAUGGACCUGCAAGAGACAGAUAGUGCAAAGGCCAACUUAACUUUGCCUGAUUUUAUAGAUCCUCCCAACAUGUCAGAGAGUCCAGUCAAUUCAAGAAAAAAUGACUGUGAACUUCUUGAAACCAGUGGCAUCUCAUCAAUAUUGCAAAGACAGAGCAGUGAUAUAAACACAGGCAAAGAAAGAAAAGACAAUAUGAAUGACAUGGAGGAAAUAAAGAUGAGUGAAUCUCUACCUAUGGCAGCCUUGAACAUGUCAGAGAACCAAGACUACAUUUUAAAGAAAGCAAAUACUGAGAUAGCCUUUGAUAGAGACCUACAUCAGGAAAGCAAUAAUUUCCCACUGCAAAAGUUAUCAAGUAACUGUAGGGCAGAAUCCCAAGUUGGAACAGAAGAUGCACCUAAGAAAAGAAGACAUGAAUCAAACAAAGAAGUCUAUAAUGACAACAUAAAUAAUGCUGAGGAGAGUGAAAUGAUGACAGCUUCCUUGCUACAAGAAGAAGACCAUUCCGAUUUCACUGCUUUCAUUACACCGUCAGCCCAAGAUUACAUAUUACCUGCCCCUGAUAAUAGGAUCCAGAGCAUGAUCUCAGAUAGCUUGGUUAGAGAUUCCCCAAAACCAAAAUCAGCUGGAAGUAAAGGACCACCACCACCUAUUCCAAAGAAGCCAAAAAAUAAUUUUGCUAAAGAUAUUGGAAUAGACAAGUCUCGGCCAUAUUCUGAUCUUCUGCACAAAAACAUUAAAAUGGGAAGAAGAGAGUCAGCACUACACUAUGUUACUGAUGACUUUUACAGUUCCACUCCAAAUCUAGAUAUGUUGUCUUUGUAUAAAGGCACAGUAGACUCACCCUCCUACACGUGCAUAACAGGAGGUUUUAACCCUGGUGUUCAGCCUAAAGUUCACCCUGCAAUUUAUUCAGAUUUGCAUGGUGAAGACCUGGACCUCUUCACAAAAAUAGUAACUUAUCUCCCUGAACGAAAAGCAUCUGACAUAUCUCAGAUAAGACCCAUUUUGGAAAAAAAGGCAAAAACUAAAGGCCCUCCACCACCAGUACCAAAGAAGCCACUAAAUCCAUUUGUUGCCAUUGAGAAAGAUAAUGUUUUACCCAUCAAUUUCUCAGUUUCAAAAGAAGCAGCAGAUAUAACAGAUAAAGGUACUGAUUGCAAAUCAUAUAUGCACAGAAUUGUACAUGAGGAGGAACCAAAAACAACCUUUGCUACAGACAGAGAUAAUUGUCUAGUUACCCAUAGCACCUCAAAUACCAUGGAUAAAAAUGAGUUUUUGAGAUUCAGAUCAGAACCCAUUAUGAAAACUGAUAAUGUGCAUAAGAUAAUGGAAGAACAAAGCAGAAAAACUAAUACUGAAAGCCAGGAAAAUAAAGUAUUGGAAAUGACCAAAACUUCGGAUGUCAAAAAGCCUUUUUUAAAUAAAAUGGAAAGAAGAACUCCAAUAAAAAAAGAGAUGAUCAGACGUGUGGUUCGUCAGAGCAAGUUCCGCCAUGUUUUUGGCCAGGCGGUGAAAAAUGAUCAGUGCUAUGAUGAUAUCAGGGUGUCACGGGUCACCUGGGACAGUGCCUUUUGCGCUGUCAACCCCAAAUUUGUUGCCAUCAUUGUGGAGGCCAGUGGGGGUGGAGCCUUUAUUGUCCUUCCUCUUCAAAAGACAGGUCGUAUUGAUAAAGCCUACCCAACUGUGUGUGGGCACACAGGCCCUGUACUGGACAUUGACUGGUGCCCUCACAAUGAUCACGUGAUUGCCAGCGGGUCUGAAGAUUGUACUAUAAUGGUGUGGCAGAUCCCAGAGAAUGGACUCAAUGCUCCACACUUAGAGCCUGUUGUGGUGUUGGAGGGACACUCCAAACGGGUUGGCAUUGUGACAUGGCAUCCCACAGCUCGUAAUGUUCUCCUCAGUGCUGGAUGUGAUAAUGUGAUUUUGAUCUGGAAUGUGGGAACUGGUGAGGUCCUCAUCACACUGGAUGACAUGCACCCAGACAUGAUCUUCAGCGUGUGCUGGAACCGCAAUGGUAGCCUCAUUUGUACUGCUUGCAAGGACAAGAAAGUGCGAGUCAUUGACCCUCGAAAGGCCAAGAUCACUGCAGAGAAAGAUAAAGCUCAUGAGGGUGCACGGCCCAUGAGAGCCAUUUUUCUCGCCGACGGCAACAUUUUCACCACUGGCUUUAGUCGCAUGAGUGAGAGACAACUUGCCUUAUGGAACUCGAAAAGCAUGGACGAGCCAAUCUCAGUACAUGAAAUGGACACCAGCAAUGGAGUGUUACUUCCCUUCUAUGACCCAGACACAAACAUUGUCUACCUGUGUGGAAAGGGAGACAGCAGCAUCCGCUAUUUUGAGAUCACCGAUGAAGCACCGUAUGUUCAUUACCUUAACACCUUCUCCAGCAAAGAACCACAGAGGGGCAUGGGCUACAUGCCCAAAAGGGGCUUAGACGUUAAUAAAUGCGAGAUUGCCAGGUUUUAUAAACUUCAUGAGAGGAAAUGUGAGCCAAUUAUCAUGACUGUCCCAAGAAAGUCAGACCUGUUCCAGGAUGAUCUGUAUCCAGAUACAGCUGGCCCGGAUUGGGCCUUGGAAGCAGAGGAGUGGUUUGAAGGCAAGAAUGGUGAUCCUAUUCUAAUUUCCCUCAAACAUGGCUAUGUCCCAGGCAAGAACCGUGACAUCAAGGUGGUUAAAAAGAAUGUUCUAGAGAGCAAGUCAUCCAAGAAGGUGGAAGAGAUGUCAGCUCUUCAAAAACCUGCCUCUCCUCAGCUCACGAGAAAAAAUGAAGUGAAGUUGGAGGAGCUGCUAAGAGAAGUGAAAUCGCUCAAAGACCUUGUGACACUUCAGGAUAGGCGAAUCACCAAACUUGAAGAGCAGGUGGCCAAAGUGGCAAUUUGAAGUGUUGCUCAGUUCUGAGUCACCAUGUCAGCAUAUGAAGAGAUUAAUUUCAGAGGGCCAGUCACUGCCAAAAAAUCGCAGUUAACUUGAUCAUUCCUCUUGGUGUUUUUUUUCUCGUGACUAUGGCUGGAAGCAACAUUCCAAUAUGGACAUUUUCAUCAUGCCCUCCCUGCGCAUCUGUUAGCAAAAAGAGAAAAAUAUAUAUUUUGCUUUGUAUUGUAUUUUUCAUGGUCUAGUGGGUUUAUCUGAUAAAUAUUUUAGAUUUAUCUGAUUUAUAUUUUCUUUUUUGUUUUUGUAAAGUUUGGUUUUUCUAGGUCUUGCAGCAAGUGCCAAGUCCCCUAGUGUUUUUUGUGAGUGUUUCAGUAUUACUCUUAUUUGUGUGCUACCAAAUGUGAGGCGCACAUGACCCACCUACUAUUUUGCUUUUGUUAGAAUUUUUUUUAUAGUUGACACUUUUUUGGCUAUUACUAUUAUUAAAAUUAAACAUUAGAAAGGUUUAUCCUUUUUAUAUACAUCUUAUCUAUACAGGUUAAAAGUUAAAGAACAUGGCUGUGACACAGAAAUUAAUUAGAAUUACAAUGAACAUAAUCCAAAAGUAACAAACAAAAACACUAUGGGUAAAAAAAGCAGAAAAAGCAUGUAUGAUGUAUACAAAGGUAACAAGCUAAAACACCAGAUGAGCUAGCAAAAUACAAUAAUAGCAGGACAAGCAGGUCACUGUUUUAACACAACUUUUGAUAAAUGCAAAACAUCUAACUUAAUUUGCCUACUUAUUAGUAAUUAGCUGGCUAUGUACGAUCAGGUUCAUAAAUUGUGGACAAGACAAGUAUGUUUUUUUUUUUUGGAAUAUGGCCUCUGUACAACUCCACAUUGAAUUUAAAAUAAAACACUCAAAACGUGAGCAAAGUCAC